CUUGCUGGAUAUUUUAAAGAUCUAAUCUUGUAUCAAAAUGAAGACAAUCACAGCCUUGGUUUUCCUCAUCGCAGUAGCAGUCGGUUUGCCACAAGUCGAAAAAAUAAUCGACUUCAGAGAUGAGCGAUCUGUAAGCAGUAACAUAGUGGAUGCCAUUGAAGAUGUAUGUCAGACCAUCAAGGAUGCUGGUCUCGACCCCUUGUAUAUCGAGAAACAAGAAGUGGCUUACGAAUUGCCUGUACCUGUAAUUUUCAACGGCGCUGGCUUGGUAGAAGAGGUGAUUAGCAACGGUUUAAGUGACGUUGAUGUUAAGAGGAUGAGUUACAGCAUCGUCACGAAUCGUCUUAACUUUGAUAUUGAAAUCCCGAAAAUAGUGUUUGGUGCUGGCGCUGCUUCAGCCAAAGCCACGUUCUUUAGUAACAGAUUUAGUCUGGAGGCAUCUGGAAAGAUGGAGAUCCAGCGCAUCCGUGUCUCCGGCCACGUUCGCGUCAGCAUUGGCAUCAUCUCCGGCAUCACCAUCCGAAAUGUGAAGAUCGACUUUACUUUAGGCGGCAUCGAUUCUGAUGUGAAACUGGCUCUGCAAGGUAAAGACUAUUCAGACGCUGUCAACAAGUUCUUCGGAACCACAGUCCCUUCUACCUUGAAAGAUCACAGUGAUGAAAUCAACGAGCUCUUGGAGAUUUUGAUGAAAGACUUAAUUAGCGAAUUUUUGAAAUCAUCAAAAGUUUUAGUUUAAUUACAUUUCUUAAUAUCGUACUUUAAGUUCACUCUAGUUACUUUUUCUAUCUAAUAUUGAAUCACUGAAUAUUUUUUCGUAAUCAUCGAUUAACAUUUUCAUUUAAUUAUAAUGUAAGUAGUAUUAUAAGCAAUGUAUUUGGUACAAAUUAAUGUGUAACAAUAAAUAUAUUCUUUUAAAAUAUA